GUGAAGAGUAUUAAAGAUGGGUAGUUGGCUCCAUUUUUUUUACUCCAUAUAAAAGAUGGGUGGUUCCUUCCUGGUCCAUUAUCUCAAUUUAAUUUUUAGUAGCAAUUGCCACUGUAAGUUGAUGUGCAGAGGUCAAUAACCCAAAAACUGGCAAAAAUGCGCCAGAGCCGGCGUCACCCGCUAGCUAGUAGGCUCCUCAGAGGGGGAGGACCAAUGAGGAGGCGGAGGAGAAGAAAAGAACGAGGCCAAGCAGAAAAGGGGCUUGCUUGCUUGCUUAGGGUUUUGAGACCACUCUCUGCAUCUAGCGCACAAACUCUGAUCUCUGAAGAGAGAUCCAAAGGCACAAAGGGAAGCCAUAGUGUCAGGCACAGGGGGGGUGGUGGUUCUUCUUCUUCUUCUUCUUCUUCUUCAUCAGGCCCCAGGAGGAGUUACAGUGAUAUGGUAAACCAGCCACCUCCAUCCCCAGAACGACAAGAGAAACUUAGGCUACAAAGAGAGAGGGUGAGCUUGUUUUAUGAAUGCUUCAACGCUAAUACUGUCUCCCGGCCACCACUCGUUCAGGAGAUGCUCCCUCUUAAGGACUAUUUGACUUUUAAAAGAACAAACAUGCUUUGCUAUGUCUCUAUAGGACAUCACAAAUGUCUAAAAUUAACUCAAGCAGAAGAUAUGGGAGUUGGUUUGAAAGAAAAUGACGACGUUAUGAUACUCAAUGCCUCUGAUUCGCACCGUGACAAUCUUUUACGAUCUCUCAUAAACCUCACGCAUCUUCUAUGUGGGUCUAGCAUAGGACUCAUACCAUAUGAUCUCAAGCAUCUCUUGAGAUACUCGAGCAAAGUGCAACGUGUGAGGAAAAAUGAUGAAUUCAUCUUGCAUCACCCUGCAUUAUGGAACGAGAUAUCUGUUGAGAAGAUGCUCCUAAGUCUGGAUAUAAACAAUUCAAUUACUACGGAGCCUAAACCCUUAAACAAAGUUGUAGCUCGGAUUUCAUUUUCUUGGAAAAAAGAUUUUGAAAACUUGGUUAUCAACAAUGCCGUACUCAAUCAACGUGGUUUUUAUGUAACCAUAAGAAAAAUUUGGACUAACACUAAGUUUUGCCUUAAAUGUGGUGAUGAAAUCGAAGGUUUUAUACAUUUAAUGGGGAAUAUCUUUACUCAUUUAUAUGACGAGUUAAAUGGAGCGUCAAAGCUUAUGGCAAAAUCUCAUCAAGCCAAGGCUAUUUGGGAGUUCAUGCAUGCAUUCAAACCAGACUUUUUGUGUCUCUCUACUCAAGCAUCUUCUACGUUCCCAAAUUUCGACGAUAUUUCAUUCCAUUGAUGUGAGGUAACUAUAAUUAUUUUUGUUACACGUGCAUUAUAAAAGUGGUAUCUUUUUAUUUCUAAUAACUUGCAGGUUACAUAAUCAUCUUUGUUAACUUUUGAGAGGAAAUAUAGUAUAGUGUGAUUUGAGUACAAACUAAAAAAUGUUUUGAUGUUUUCGAAAUCAAUGAAAAAGUUAAAACUCCAUUACAUUAACACAGUCCCACUUCUCUAGCAUGCACUAUUACUUAGCCAUUGAUGCAUGACAAAAGAUUUUUUUUUUAAAUUUGAGAUUGUGGACAUUGAUUCUUAUUGAUGGAAAUAACUCAGAAUAGAUGAAUGGUUGCUUUGUUCAGGAAUGAGCGUUCUUGGUGAGGAGAUCAUCAGGAGCUGUGAUUUAGCGAAGGCUACUUUUGUAACAUAAUCUAUGACAAAAUUUGAUUUAGGACCUGGUUUGUUGUAACAAGAGAAACAAGACAUUUUAACUACAAAAGUAUGUUUGUAGUUAGAGUGCUUCUAUGGUCUACCUUGGGUGCAUAUCAUUUUUGUGGAUAUUCUUGAAAAAUAAUACUCCCUCCGUCCCACUGUCUUUGUCCACUUACCUUUUGGCACACCAUCUAAUGCACUUCUUUAAUCCAUUUUAUCUUGUAAUUUGUAUAUUAAAAAAUUAUAGAAAUUAUAUAUUAAUAAUCUAUAUGUUAAGACAAAUCAAACAAGAUCACACAUGACUAUAUUUAGGCUUACACAUUGAGAGAAUUUGAUGAGUCAAAAUGCUUAGAUGAACAGUUCCAAAAGUUAAAAGUGGACAAAGACAGUGGGACGGAGGUGGUAAAGAACGUUUUAUUGAUUGAAUAAUAGAAGAGGAAUACAAAGUAUGUAUUUAUAGGUGGAGGAAUAUAUUCUAGAAUCCUCCUCAUUAAUGACUAAUUAUAUAAGGUAAUAUUAUAUAAUAAUAACUCUAACUAUAAUAGGUAACAACCAUAAUUAUAAUAUAUAAUAUUAAAUAUAUUAUAUACUCUGUAAUUGAUAUAUUUAACAUGCUCCAAACGUCCUGAACGGUGAAGGUUGAACGCCAACUUUACUUGAAUCGUGAUCAGAAUUGUAAUCAGAGGCUAGAGGCAUAUCUUCGGCUAGAGUAGACUGAAUGCAUCCGCCCUAGAAGAGAAGAAGAAAGAUUACCAGGAAAGAGAUGUGAAGACGCUGAUGAGGAGAGGAGAAAAGCCGCUGCGAACAGACUCAUGUUGCUAACGUCGAAAGAGGGAGAAGGUUGACGCGCGCUGGAGUCGUGCGCGACUGGGUUAGAGAAGGAACACAAGGAAUGAGGUACUGCCGGAGAUGCAUGUUGACCAAAGAUCUACCCACUAAUUGUGCCUCAUGUUACUCUCGAGUGAACAGGUGCUAGGGGAUGCAUGCUGACCAAAGAUGUUGGCGCCAGGAGAGGCCAGUAGUUUGGUGGAGUAGGAAUUGAUUUAGACCUCUACUUUUUUUAAAGUCGUUGGACAACAAAAAAACUAGAAAACUUUGUAGUUUCAGGAGAUGGUGAAGAAUUUGGGUCAGAGGAAAACAGUGAUCCGGCGGGCGGCGGUUAAUGGCGGUGCCGCCCGCCAGAAGCGAAAGCGGAGAAAUUUAGGUCACCAAGAACGGUGGCUCCGAUAUCAUGAAAAAUAAUAAAGAACGUUUUAU